GUGGAGGGUGGAAUGUGUAAUGCACGGCCAGUCAUAUGCCUGACCCGGUUUUUGUCCAGGAACAGCUGAGUGGGAGCUUGGGAGAGCUUUGCAGCACCUGGGGCUCCGAGCUAUCCAACGCAAACGAAUGCACAGUCAAUGCUUCUGCUUUCCAGUAAAAGUGCAUGCAGUUCCCAGCCUGUCUGCUCUGCUGCUGCUGCUGCAUAAUCCAUAGCCAAUUUGGCCUUUUUGUCAGAAGUUUCGGCCGGCACAAUCAAACAGACGUCAAAGGGCAGUCAGUCAACCCCGCGCUACCUCUAACCACCACACCUUACACCCCUCACCACGCUUCCGCCGCCCACGACAGAAACCCUCUUCCAAGCUCCAGCUUGGCCCCAAACCGCAUGAAAUCUACUCGUCCAAACGUCCCAACCUCGCCUGCAGCUCGCUGAUAGCUUCUCGUGCCUGUGC